CACUUUAUUCAACUGCCGUGCGCAUAAGCACAGCGGCUCGUGACACUAUUUACUAUCUUACCACAUAUUGCAUUAGUAAUGUAGCUGUUUUGUCUGUUGGAACGUUUCUGGAUCGAUUGGUGGUCCUGGUAGUAUAUGGCUCCCUCUGCUGUCGGCAGCACGAGACAUAUUCCAGCUGGUCGCGCUUCCGUGAGGGUUUGCGAGUUCUCCCGUCCGCGUGGAAAACCACUUAAAGGAACAAAAACCGAGUCAGGAAUUUGGUGGCCGCCCGUGUCGGCAAAGCUAUCCUUCCGUCCACAAAAUCCUAUAUAAAGACCGAAGAGGAUAUAGCUUAUUAUUAGCCUGUUCCAUUUCGCUUGAGGAUUCUUCAGACCGACCAGGCCUCCGUUCCAUCCCCGGGCUCGCGUAUCUCCAUCAUCAACCGUCUGUCAUGGGGGACACCGGUAGCGAACGUAGCAAAGCACCUCAACUUCCGCCUCGCUGCUCUUGUGGAUUUUGGGGAUCGAGUGAAACCAUGAACCUGUGCUCUAAGUGCUUUGCAGAUGUCCAGAAGAAGCAGCCAGAAGAUGACUCCAACCCUGAGCCCCACCCAAACUCCGACAGAGACCAAUCGCCAGCGUUUGGCCAUGAGACAAUCAGCAGUACUAGCCAAUCCUCAUCUUCAGCUCCCAUAGUCCCAGACAUGCCAUCCAAUGAGGUUGCACCCACCCCAAAUCCCAACCCUCAAGAGGAAUCCUCCAGUACAGACUCCGAUCACAGCACUCUACACACACCCACCAAGCGCUCCUGUGAUUCAGACUGUGGCUCUGAGAGUGACGUCUCACCAGUGAAGAAAGCUUGCAUGGGGGAGGAGCUAAGUGAAGGAGAGGGGUCGAGAGGCGUGGCCAAGCAGAAGAGGCGGAGACGUUGCCACCUCUGCCAGAUCAAAUUGGAGCUGGUGCAGCAGGAGCUGGGGUCUUGCCGCUGUGGUCAUGUCUUCUGCAUGCUGCACCGGUUGCCAGAGCAACACGACUGCAUGUUUGACCACCUGGGUCGUGGCCGUGAGGAGGCGGUGCUUAAGAUGGUCAAGCUUGACCGCAAGGUGGGCCGGUCUUGCCAGCGAAUUGGAGAGGAGUGCUCAUGAGACUCCGCCCAUUGUGGGAGUAGCUAUACCGCAGAACAUGGGUCGGGGGGGAAGAAGAAUGGGG